CAUCGGCCGUAAUUGGCACUGGAUCAUUACAGAGACCAUAAUAAGUAUAAAAUUCUAAGUAGCAAGGGCGACCUUGCUUGCUCAAUGAACCUAACCCAAAUCCGCCCUACCUUAGUUGCAGCUGCCUGCGUUGUCAACGGAAUUAAGCACUAUAUCCAUUUCUUCCAGAAGAUUAAUUCCCAGUUUCCAACCUUACAAAUCCGUAGCCGACCGAUGGCAGACAACAUCGCUCACUACUCACAAAACACGAACAAGAAUUGCACACGAAAUUAGUAUACGAAACCUUGAAACCAACCAUAUUAUGCCGGACUACGCGUGGCAAGGGAGCGGUGUCUCGGAUGCCGGGCAGAGCAGCGUGCUCCUCCUCGCGUUGUACCCUGGGCUCCUGGUCCUCGUCAUCCUCUCCGCGUUCGUCAAGUACGUGUGGAUCGCGCUGGCGCUCUACUGCGCGCUCAUGGUCCUCUUCUCCUGCACCGCCCGCUUCUGCGCACGGCCAGAACCAGCCGGGUCAUCUACCGUGGACCGGGGCGGCCUGUCGGAGGCUGGCAUAGCGGCGAUUCCGGCGUUUGCGUACGAUGCCGGUGUCGGCGACGGCGGCCAGGUCCAGUGCGCGGUGUGCUUGGGGACUCUGCGCAGAGGGGAGACGGUGCGGCGGCUGCCGGUAUGCGCACACACGUUCCAUGUCGGGUGCGUCGACAUGUGGCUGCACUCGCAUGCAACGUCGCCUCGACCCGCGUGAAGAGCUUCAUGCGCUGCCCAACGCAACCAAAUCUAAUAGAAGGGGUUAAGCAAUUCACUUAUACUUCAACACUCCCCCCUCACGUGUGGCUCCCGCAGGUCUAAACGUGGACCGAAAGUGGGUUGCAAUUUAAUUGCGUUAACUGGGCUUGAACUCGAGACCUCUUGGCUCUGAUACCAUGAAAAGCUUCAUGCGCUAGCCAACGCAACCAAAAGACCGAUCUGAUGGAAUGGGCUAGGUAAUCCACUUAUACUUCAACACCGUGGAAGAACGGUAAGAUGAUGGCGCCGCCGCUGCCGCCGGUAUAGUUGGUGACGGCACGGCUGCUGAGAAUCGUCAGAACCGAGGACGCUACCGUCGUCCCCAAAAAUGGCUUCUCGUGGUCUUUUGGUAGUUGGAUCUCAAAUCUGAUUUUGUUUUUUAUGUGUACAUAUACAUUCUGAAUAUUGACUUUGAAAUUUGUAAAAUGUGACCGAAAGUACAACUCAGAGACAGGUGUAGACAAACACGUGAACUUAUCUUUUACCAA